UCUCUAUCUCGAUCAUUUUAUCUCUCUCUCUCUCUCUCUCUCUGUCUCUUCCCCUGAUUUCGUUAAUUCUUGAAUUCGAAAACCCUAAACUUUUUUUUUCUUAAGAGAAAUUGAGGAAGGUUAAAAGAAAAAAGGAAAGCUUUUCUUUUUUUCAGGUUCCCAUUUGUUGUGUAAGGCUAAACGUGACACAAGCCAGUGUGAAAAUCUAUGAGUGCUCAGAGCAUGUCUGUUGGAGGUAGCUCAUGAAUCUCCGGAAAAAGACAUAUAUAACUAUUAUUUAUAGGAGCUGAAUCUAUGCCUGGAAACGAAUUUGGGGAGAAGAUCCACAAUUUCUUUGGACAGGAAGGCCUAUCCCAAGACCAGCGCCAGCCUCAGGUUGUUGACGGAAGCUGGUCCGGUUUUAGUAAUGGUUUAGUCAGCAACCAGAGGCAGAUAGACCCAUCCCUUAUUGCCAAUCUGAAGAGUUAUAACACGCAACAUUCUGUUGAUCCUCAGAGAAGUCAACCAAAUUCACAGCAUGGUUUGAAUUUUACUCAGCAACCUGUAAGGUCCGAGAUCUCUAGAAGUUUGUUGCAAGAACACCAACAACUCGCAAAUGGUUACAUGCAUGGGAAUCUUGGGUUGCCGACAAUGCCAAAUGGGGCACAUUUUUUGGGAAUGGAUGUAGAAUCUAGUAGGGAUAGGUUAUCAGCGAGGGGCUUUACCCCAGAACUCCGUAAAAGUCCUAUGAGGUUUGAGAUGGAAGAAUCUCCGGUUAAUUAUGAGUUCUUUGGUGGUCAACAGCAAUUAAGCACACAGCUCCCUGGCAUGCUCCAUCCCUUGCCAAGGCAGCAGAUGACAUUCAAUGAUAUGCAACUACUAAAGCAGCAAGUUAUGGCUAAGCAAAUGCAUGAAUAUCAAAUACAACAACAUCUUCAAAAGCAACAGCUAGAGGCCGGGCAGCUCAAUUCUCUGAAUUUAAAUGCUGUCAACAGAAGUCGCUCAAGUGAUAAUCAAUCUCAUCCGUUGAUUAAUGGCAUUCCUCUUCAGGAUGCGUCUAGUAAUUGUUGGCAGCCUGGUACUAUGACAGGAAAUACAAACUGGAUGCAUCGCGGCAUCUCGCCAGCUGUUCAAGGUUCAUCCAGUACGGUCAUGAUUAACCAUGAGCACGGCCAGGCGCCACAAUUUGAACCUUCCUUGUACGGUAUGCCCGUUACUGGGACAAAUGCACCUCAGAAUGCCCUUUCUUCCGUUCAGAUGAACAAGUUAGCUGCGCAGCAUGGUUCUGCAAACAGGAGUUCCUCUCUCACAAAUCAGCCAACUUCAUUUCUGAAUCAAGGUGAUGUACGGGACAGUCAUAUGCUCCCUAAAUCCACAUACCAGGAUAGAGUAUUAUUCUCCCAUACAUCAGUUCCAGAUUCAAAUAAUAGGUCCGAUUUCGAAAAUUUCCAGCAAGAUGAUUCCCGCGAGAGGAGUAUUUCAGUGCAGGAGAAAAUUGGUCAGAUGGAGGGUUCUGAAACAUUAGAAAAUUCAUCUAUGAAAGUGCCUGAAAAUAAUGCAUUGCAGAAGUCUUCAACAUUAGAUCCCACUGAAGAAAAGUUUCUGUUUGGUUCGGAUGACAAUUUGUGGGAGGCAUUUGGAAACAGCACUGAUAUGAGCUUGACAGGAAAUCUUAUCUCCAGUAGUUCUGACCUUUUUGACGCAUGCCCGUCCUUGCAAAGUGGGAGUUGGAGUGCUCUUAUGCAAUCUGCUGUAGCAGAAACAUCCAGUGAUGACGCAGGAGUACAUGGAUGGACUAACAACAAUACUGGCACACAUACGAAUUCUCAUACUGGCAGUAGAGCCCAGGAUUUGCCUGCAAAGGCUUCAAACGUACCAAGUAAGAGACUCCAGAGUGAUUCCACUCGGGCAGCUGUUGAACAUUUGCCUGGGAAGGGAAAUAAAUUUUCAGAUCAUGGCCUAUUGGAGAAGCCAAUGGCUCAACUUAGUCACAUGACUGGAAAUAUAUUUAAUUCUUCUAGUUCUGGUACUGAUGAACAGAAUAAUCCGUGUUCUAUUCAAAAUAAUGAGAACAUUGAAGAUAGAUUUGGUAUCUGGAAGGCUACGUCUAAUCAAAAUAUAGCUGCUCAGGUUGAACUUAAGUAUCACUCCACACAAAAUCCACAACCGCAAAGGGAUAGCUACGGACUCAGCAUUGCCGGGGCAGGAAACAGUUCUAAUGCUUUGAGGGAUGUUCAGGGAAAUAUCCCUCAACUGAAAUCUGGAGACGGCAGUCAGAUUCUUGAGCCAUAUACGAGUAAUAAUAGUGGGUCAAAUGAAACGGUGAAUGCCCGUGAUUUUUCUCUGUUGCCUAGUGGAAGAGACGCACAAUCUGGCCACGUUGGUAGUAGGCCUUCAAUAAGUCACAAAUUUCAGUUUCAUCCCAUGGGUAAUAUUGAUGUCACCAAUGAGUCUUGUCAUGAAAAGAUUUCUCAUCUGUCACCCACAUUGGAGCAGGGUUCUGUAGGAAACCAAGGGUAUUUUGGGCAGUCCAAGUCUCUUGGUCAGCCGGCUAUGAACAUGCGAAUAGACGGGGGACAUGUUUCACAAAACGAGUUGAAUUGCACAAAUGAGGCUUUUAAUGGCAUGGGAUCAGAUAAUUCACCUAGUACAUCUGCUUCAGCCGACAGAAGUGUUGAUAGGUAUAAUCAAGUGAAGAGUACUUCGUCAAGGCAGACUAUGCUUGAGCUUCUUCACAAGGUGGACCAGUCACCAGAGAAUUCAUCGGAAACAAAUGUUAUUGGUAUUUCAGAAGCAAAUACCUCUGCAGACUAUAGUGGUCAGUUCCGGCAUAAUCAGUCUUCUGCUUCUCAGGGGUUUAAUCUACAGCUGGCACCUCCAUCUCAAUUAGCUCCCUCACCUGAUAACAUACAGUUUUCUCGGAAUUCUUUCCAGCCAUUGAAUUCGUUACAUAAUGGCCCUGAAAAAGGAGGAACAAGUCAAUCACGGUUUGCUCCAUGGGGGUCUAAUCAAUCUUUUCCUCAGCAAUCCACUCAUCAGGGACCAUUUCCUGGAAUCCUAGGAGGAUCCAACAUAACCUCUGGUUUCCCUUAUUCCAGAGGGUACAACCAAAAUCAACAGAUGCCUGUUGCUACUCGACAAUCAGCUGCUAAUCAAAUAGUCAAAUCAUCAUCUGAGUUUUCUACCCCUCAAGUUAAAGAAAGAGAUGAGAGUAGUGACUUUGAUCAACGUGGACAUUCAGCACAAAUACCUUCCCUGAUGAAUCCUACAACCCACAACAUAAAAGGAGGUUUAGCCGAAGGAUUUCCUAUGCUGUCUGCUUCUCAGCCUGUGGUUGUAUCCAGUUCGCCUCAACAAAGUUACUUUUCUGGUAUUAUGUCUAACUCACCAGCUGGUAUUUCAGCUCUGCAACAUCGGUUUUGGAACAAGCCAUCUAAGCCUCAGUCAGAUAUUUUACGGCCACAUCCAUUGCCCAGCAACAACAUUGCAGUUACCUUCUCAAGGCAGGAGAAGACUAAUCAAUUAUCUUCCCAAAAUGGAGGAGACUUGCCUUUAAGUGGGAGAGACAUGGUGAAUAUGCAUGAGUUACAGAGUGAAGAUACGGGUGCAAAACAAACAUCUGAUGUUGGUCCGAUGUUCUCCAGUAUAGUGCAGGCCAAUCAUCAAUCCUUUGACCACUCUCUUCCUUCAAACAACCUUCCAAAGGUAAGCUUAUGUCACGAUGAACAAAUGGGUGGAAGUGGGGAGGGCGAUGCACCCAAGAUGACUAUGAAGAGAGUUGAGAAUAGUGCUGUUGAUUCUCAAAAGGUAGCUCCCAAAGGGGAACAACAAUCACCUUCAAGGUCUGAUGGUUUAGUUAGAGAUGGGUAUAAUCACAUAACGAACCACAUGCCCCAUCUUGACCAAACUCUUUCUCAGAAUUCCUCCACUAAGAACUAUGCAGCCUCGGCUGGAGCAGAUCAUCCACAAAUCAGUCCUCAGAUGGCUCCAUCCUGGUAUAGUCAAUAUGGUACUUUCAAGAAUGGACUGGUGCAACCCGUGAAUGAUAAAGGGAGAUUAAAUCCCUUAAAGAUCGGAGAACAAUUUUCUAAUGUUGGGAGCUUGGUUGAUGGUACACAUUCUAUUCAAUCAUCAAAGCAAUUUAAUAUGCAGCAAAUGUCAGGCUCCGCACCAGGAGUAAAGGUUCCCUCAUCUGCUGAAUCAUUGCUUCAUGAUGCUACUGACAUGCAUUUAAAUGUUGAUAAACCAAAGAAGCGCAAAGCUGCCACAUCAGAACUUUUAUCCUGGAAUAAAGUAGUUAUGCAGGAUCCUCAGAGGCUUAAGACGCUCAGUGAGAACGAGAUUAACUGGGCCAGAGCAACUUAUCGAUUGGCUGAAAAAGUGGAAUUUGAGACUUUACUUGAGGAUAGCUCACCAAUCAGAUCAAAGAGAAGACUUAUAUAUUCAACACAACUCAUGCAACAACUAUUUAGCCCGCCUCCAGCUAGGGUGAUAUCUUUGGUUGCUAGCUCAGAUUAUGAGUUUGUUGCAUACACUGCUGCAAGAGCUGCGUUGGGAGAUGCAUGUAGCUCCAGUAGUACUAACACGAGUGAGCGCUUUUCGCCUCCGAACGAUUCAAACCUGUUUUCUGAGAGAAAAACUGAAAAAAUCAGUGACCAGUACAUCUCCAAAGCAGCUGAAGAUUUCAUUAGUAGAACGCGGAAACUAGAGACUGGGUUUGCAGGGCUAGAAAAUGGUACUACAAUUCCAGACUUGAGAGUUGAAGUCCAGGACCUAGAGAGGUUUGCAGUGAUCAAUCGUUUUGCGAAGUUUCACCCACCAGCCUCAUCUGUUGACCGGACCAUGAAUUCGCUUAGGUUACACCCUCAAAGAUAUGUUACCAUAGCUCCAAUGCCUCAGAAUAUUCCAGACAGGGUACAAUGUCUAUCUCUCUAACUAUUGAUGGAUCCAUAAAUUUACUUUUUGGCCAAUCUUCUCUUUUCAUUGCUGUCAUA